GGCAAAUGACCGCCUUGGCUGGAGGGCAUGGGUGGAGGUGGUUUGCAGGGUUACAGGGAUUCUUGGAGCAUUCCAGGUCCCUCGGGUCACGGGCCCUGGCCCUGGCCCUGGCCCUGGCUGGGCCUUCCCGCCUCGCCCUCCUCCCUUUGCACUUUGAGGAGGAACUAGAGUGUGUCGGGGACCACAGGCGGAGGUGGGGCUGUGACGUGGGAGGGCGGGGCAGCGGCAGGUGAGUUGCCAGGUCUCCCGGCUCCAAUCACUCCUCACUCCGGAGACACUGAACAUGGGGGGGAAAGCCGGCUGGGGAGGAGGCCUACGGGAAGCCAGUCAAACACGACCCUUCCUUCCGAGGCCCCAUCAAGAGCAGGUGAGCGCUGGGAACUCGCUGGGGCAGGGGCCUUGCCUCUGCCGGGAACUUGCUGAAAAACUGGUGAGAAGCUUGUCCCCGGAGAGUGGGGCGCUGCCGUGGAGGGGCCGCGGCUCGGUGCCGUUCAGGAAACCAGCUGAGCAGGGCAGCUGUGUGUCCUGGUGGCUGCAGAGGAAGCUCGCCCACCAGAGGGCCGCCCAGGCCCAGCGCCCGCUCAGCAGGCCUUCCCGCAGGGGCUGCACCGAUGUCAUCUGCUGUGUCCUCUUCCUUCUCUUCCUCCUGGGCUACACCGCGCUGGGCAUCGUGGCGUGGGUGUAUGGAGACCCCCGGCAAGUCCUCUACCCCAGGAACUCCACCGGGGCCUACUGCGGCAUGGGGGCCAACAAAGACAAACCCUAUCUCCUGUACUUCAACAUCUUCAGCUGCGUCCUGGCCACCAACAUCAUCGCGGUCGCUGAGCACGGCCUGCAGUGUCCCACACCCCAGGUGUGUGUGUCCUCCUGUCCAGCGGCCCCCUGGGUCGUGAGUCAGGGUGAGCUCUCACUGACGGUCGGGGAGGUCUUCUACGCUGCAAACCGGACUGUCUGUCGGCCAGGGGUGCCCUGGGACAUGCCAGUACUCCAAAGCCUGGAACGAGACCUCUGCCCCAGCUUCCUCCUCCCCUCCACUCCAGCUCUGGGGCGCUGUGUUCCAUACCCCAAUAGUACACAGGUCGAGUUCCCAGGGAUCUCUGGCAACACCUCCAUCAACCAGGGGAUCAGGUGGGUACCGCCGUCUCUACAGCUCUGCCCCUCUGCCCUUCCAACCGCAGCCCGACCGACUCUGUCUCUCCCUAGUGGUCUUCUGGACAGCUUCAAUGCCCGCGACAUCAGCGUUAAGAUCUUUGAAGACUUAGCCCAGUCCUGGUACUGGAUUCUUGUUGCCCUGGGCGUGGCUCUGGUCCUGAGCCUGCUGUUUCUCCUGCUGCUUCGCCUGGUGGCCGGGCCCCUGGUGCUGGUCCUGAUCCUAGGGGUGCUGGGGGUGCUGGCAUAUGGCAUCUACCACUGCUGGAAGGAGUACCGGGUGCUACGGGACCGGGGUGCCUCCAUCACCCAGCUGGGCUUCACCACCAACCUCAGCGCCUACCGCAGUGUUCAGGAGACCUGGCUGGCGGCCCUGAUCGUGCUGGCUGUGCUUGAAGGCCUCCUGCUGCUCAUGCUCAUCUUCCUGCGGCAGCGGAUCCGCAUCGCCAUCGCCCUCCUGAAGGAGGCCAGCAAGGCCGUGGGACAGAUGAUGUCCACUAUGUUCUACCCGCUGGUCACCUUUGUCCUCCUGCUCAUCUGCAUUGCCUACUGGGCCAUGACUGCCCUGUACCUGGCCACCUCAGGACAACCUCAGUACGUCUUCUGGGCACCCAACGCCAGCUUCCCCAGCUGUGAGGCCGUGCCAGUGAACGCAUCGUGCGACCCCAUGGCUCAGCCCACGAACUCCUCGUGCCCCGGACUGAUGUGCGUCUUCCAGGGCUACUUGUCCACGGGCCUGGUGCAGCGAUCUCUCUUCAACUUGCAAAUCUACGGGGUCCUGGGGCUAUUCUGGACCCUCAACUGGGUCCUGGCUCUGGGCCAGUGUGUCCUGGCUGGGGCCUUUGCCUCCUUCUACUGGGCCUUCCACAAGCCCCGGGAUAUCCCCACCUUUCCCCUGGGCGCAGCCUUCCUCCGGACGCUGCGUUACCACAUCGGGUCGCUGGCCUUUGGGGCCCUCAUCCUGACCCUGGUGCAGAUAGCGCGGGUCAUCUUGGAGUACAUUGACCACAAGCUGAGAGUCGCCCAGAACCCCGUGGCCCGCUGCAUCAUGUGCUGCUUCAAGUGCUGCCUCUGGUGCCUGGAGAAGUUCAUCAAGUUCCUGAACCGCAACGCGUACAUCAUGAUCGCCAUCUACGGGAAGAAUUUCUGCGUCUCCGCCAGAGACGCCUUCAUGCUGCUCAUGCGGAACGUGGUCAGGGUGGUGGUCCUGGACAAGGUCACGGACCUGCUGCUGCUCUUCGGGAAGCUGCUGGUGGUGGGAGGUGUCGGGGUCCUGUCCUUCUUCCUCUUCACGGGUCGCCUGGGGCUGGGCCAAGACUUGGAGAGCCGCCCCCUCAACUACUACUGGCUGCCCAUCAUGAUCGCCGUCCUGGGGGCCCACUUCGUCGCCAGCGGCUUCUUCAGCGUCUUCGGCAUGUGCGUGGACACGCUCUUCCUCUGCUUCCUGGAAGACCUGGAGCGCAACGACGGCUCCGCGGCCCGGCCCUACUUCAUGUCCAAGGCGCUCCUGCAGAUUCUCGGCAAGAAGAACGCCGCGCCCCCGGGGGGCAAGGGGAAGAAGCCCUGAGCCGGCGCCGCCCCGCGCAGCCUCCCGGCCUCCCCUCCGCUCAGGCCCUGAUUUUGUAGUAAAAAGAUGCUAUUAAAGAUUGACACAUAUUUGUUUUCGCAAGAA